GCUAGCCACAGUAGCACUACACCACUGCUCUUAAUUGGAAGCAAUACAUACAGGAAGAUGUUUAGCGAUAUCAUCGGCGGGCUGAUCGGGGCCCGUCUCAAGGGGUCGGUAGUCCUGACGCGCAAGAACGCGCUCGACUUCAACGACUUGGGCGCCACCAUCAUCGACAGCGUCACCGAGUUCCUCGGCCGUGGUGUCACCUGCCAGCUGAUCAGCUCCACCGUCGUCGACUCCAACAAUGGCAACCGCGGGAAGGUGGGCGCGGAGGCGAGCCUGGAGCAGUGGAUCACGAGCCUGCCGUUGAUCACGGUGGGGAGCCGGAUCCCCUGACGUACGGCCCCCUGCCGUUGGGCCGCUGACGGGUGGGUCCGGGCCUACACGUCAGUGUGUGGGCCGUACGUCAGACGAGCCGCGUCCUCACGGUGGGCGACUCCAAGUUCAGCGUCGCGUUCGACUGGGCGGUGGACAAGCUGGGCGUGCCGGGCGCCAUCAUCGUCAAGAACAACCACGCCUCCGAGUUCUUCCUCAAGACCAUCACCCUCGACGACGUGCCCGGCCACGGCGCCGUCGUCUUCGUCGCCAACUCGUGGGUCUACCCGCAAGACAUGUACCGCUACAACCGCGUCUUCUUCGCCAACAACACGUACCUGCCCACCAAGAUGCCGGUGGCCCUGAAGCCUUACCGCGACGACGAGCUCCGCAACCUGAGGGGCGACGACCAGCAGGGACCCUACGAGGCGCACGACCGCGUCUACCGCUACGACGUCUACAACGACCUCGGCGACUCCCGCCAGAUCCUCGGGGGCUCCAAGGACUUCCCUUACCCUCGCCGCUGCCGCACCGGCCGCAAGCUCUCACAGACCAACCCUGAUCGCGAGAGCCGGCUUCUGCCGCUGGUGCAGAGCAUCUACGUGCCGCGGGACGAGCUGUUCGGGCAUCUCAAGCAGUCGGACUUCCUCGGGUACUCGCUCAAGGCGCUGGUGGACGGCAUCAUACCGGCCAUACGCACCUACGUCGUCCUCUCCCCCGGCGAGUUCGACUCCUUCGCCGACAUCCUCAAGCUCUGCGAGGGCGGCAUCAAGCUGCCCAACAUCCCCGCCCUGGAGGAGAUGCGCAAGCGCUUCCCGCUCGAGCUCGUCAAGGACCUCAUACCCAUGGGCGGCGACUACCUCCUCAAGCUCCCCAAGCCACAAGUCAUCAAAGACGAGAUAGCAUGGAUGACCGACGAGGAGUUUGCAAGGGAGAUUCUUGCCGGCGUCAACCCGAUGAUGAUCACACGUGUCACGGAGUUUCCUCCCAAGAGUACUUUGGAUCCAAGCCAGUACGGCGACCACACCAGCACCAUCACUGAGGCGCAUAUCGGGAAUAGCCUCGAGGGCCUCACCGCGCAGCAGGCAAUGGCCAGCAACAGGCUCUACAUCCUUGACCACCACGACAACAUGAUGCCAUACCUCGUCAGGCUCAAUAACCUCGACGACACCUUCCUCUAUGCCACAAGGACUCUGUUCUUCCUGCGAGGCGACGGCACGCUGGCGCCAGUGGCCAUCGAGCUGAGCACGCCUCUGCUCCAGGGCGGCCUCACCACCGCAAAGAGCACCGUCUACACUCCGGCGUCCACCGGCGUCGAGGCCUGGAUAUGGCAGCUCGCCAAGGCGUACGUCUGCGUCAAUGACUACGGCUAUCACCAGCUGGUCAGCCACUGGCUCAACACGCACGCCGUGAUGGAGCCCUUCAUCAUCGCCACGAACCGGCAACUAAGCGUGACUCACCCGGUGCACAAGCUCCUACAGCCGCACUACCGUGACACGAUGAACAUCAACUCGCGGGCGCGUGAGUUGCUCAUCAACGCCGGCGGAGUCAUCGAGCUGACCGUCUUCCAGCGCAAGUACGCCACGGAGAUGUCCUCCGUUACCUACAAGGACUGGAACUUCAACGAGCAGGCCCUCCCCGAUGAUCUAAUCAAAAGAGGCAUGGCCGUGCCUGACCCAUCAAGCCCGCACAAGGUGCGGCUGUUGCUCGAGGACUACCCUUACGCGGUGGACGGGCUGGCUAUCUGGACUGUGAUCGAGCGGUGGGUGACGGAGUAUCUCGCCAUCUACUAUACCAGCGACAGCGUGCUUCAGGGCGACGUGGAGCUGCAGGCAUGGUGGAAGGAAGUUCGCGACGUCGGCCACGGCGACCUCAAGGACGCGGCGUGGUGGCCGGAGAUGAAGACGGUGGCAGAGCUGGUCAAGGCAUGCACCACCAUCAUCUGGACAGGGUCGGCGCUGCACGCCGCUGUAAACUUCGGGCAGUACCCGUACGCAGGUUACCACCCCAACAAGCCGUCAGCAAGCCGUCGUCCCAUGCCGGAGCCGGGCACCGAGGAAUACGCCAUGCUGGCCCGCGAGCCGGAAAAGGUGUUCAUCCACACUAUCACCAACCAAGUGCAGGCCAUAAUUGGCAUUUCACUGCUGGAGAUCCUAUCCAAGCACUCCUCGGACGAGAUUUACCUCGGGCAACGUGACACGCCGGAGUGGACAUCGGACGCCAAGGCUCUGGAGGCGUUCGAGCGGUUUGGCACGAGGCUGGAGGGCAUCGAGAGCGAGGUGGUAGCCUUGAACGGGAACCCCCAGCUCAAGAACCGCAAUGGCCCGGUCAAGUUCCCAUACAUGCUGCUUUACCCCAAUACCUCUGACCACAAUGGCGAUGCCACCGGGCUCACGGCCAGGGGCAUCCCCAACAGCAUCUCCAUUUGAUGAGAUAUUUGGAGAAAGGUCGCUGCUUGCUAGCAUGCGAAAAUGUUGGGGUGCAUGCUUCCAGGGUCAUUGGUUGAAUAAUCUAUCGUACGCCAGGGCUCAUUUGACAUCCAAGUGAUAUGUUCUUGGCUAGGCACUGGUCAUGUAUCUUCCAUAUAUAUAUUUCCCUUCCAAUUUUAUCAAUAAAGUGAGUUCUUUGUUUAACCA